CCUCGUCCUUGGAAACCGACCAAGAAACUCACUUACGCAGCAAUGGCAUCCCUCAAAGCACUUCAUCUAGUCGAUCCUGAUCGAUUCACCCGUGGAAACCUUAGUGAACUAUUCGGCGUAUCGGAAGAAGCUGUAAAGAGAAUCUGUAAGAGUAAAUUU